UGGCCCCGCCCCUUUCUCCAGGGCAGGGCAGGGCCGGGCGUCCAGCGACUGCUGGCUAAAGAGCCACUGACUUCCUUGUUGUGAGUCUCGGCCUGGCCGUGUCUGGAGUCGCAGCCUCGCGGUGCUCACCCGGACCACUGGCGUGAGUCUAGGAUCAGACCACAGCCAUGCUCAACCCUAGCAGCACCUCCUCUCCCGGCCCGCUCCCUGAGGAAAUUAGGAACCUGUUGGCAGAUGUUGAAACAUUUGUAGCAGACACACUGAAAGGCGAAAAUUUAUCCAAGAAAGCAAAGGAAAAGAGAGAAUCUCUCAUUAAGAAGAUAAAAGAUGUAAAGUCUGUCUAUCUUCAGGAAUUUCAAGACAAAGGCGAUGCCGAGGAGGGGGAUGAGUACGAUGACCCCUUUGCAGGGCCUCCGGACACUGUUUCCUUAGGCUCAGAGCGCUAUGACAAAGAUGAUGAUGGCCCAUCUGAUGGAAACCAGUUUCCUCCCAUUGCAGCCCAGGACCUUCCUUUUGUCCUAAAGGCUGGCUACCUGGAAAAACGCAGAAAAGAUCACAGCUUUCUGGGGUUUGAAUGGCAGAAACGGUGGUGCGCUCUCAGCAAGACUGUGUUCUAUUAUUAUGGGAGCGAUAAAGACAAACAGCAGAAAGGUGAAUUUGCAAUAGACGGCUAUGAUGUCAGAUUGAAUAACACCCUCAGGAAGGAUGGAAAGAAAGAUUGCUGUUUUGAAAUCUGUGCUCCUGAUAAGCGUAUCUAUCAGUUUACAGCAGCCUCUCCCAAAGAUGCCGAGGAAUGGGUGCAGCAGCUGAAAUUUGUAUUACAAGACAUGGGAUCCGAUAUCAUUCCCGAGGAUGAUGAUGAAAGAGGAGAGUUAUAUGAUGACGUCGAUCAUCCUGUUCCAGUCAGCAGCCCAUCAAAGAACCAGCCAAUAGAUGAUGAAAUUUAUGAGGAACUUCCAGAGGAGGAAGAGGACACUGCUUCGGUGAAGACAGACGAGCAAGGACAGGGGAGCCAGGACGGUGCUCAGCACACCUCAGGAGAUAAAAGCACUGAUUAUGCUAAUUUUUACCAGGGUUUGUGGGACUGUACUGGAGCUCUUUCUGAUGAGUUGUCCUUUAAGCGUGGUGAUGUGAUUUACAUUCUCAGCAAGGAAUACAAUAGAUAUGGCUGGUGGGUAGGAGAAAUGAAGGGAGCCAUUGGCUUGGUGCCUAAAGCCUACGUAAUGGAGAUGUAUGAUAUUUGAGAGUCUGGCAGGAGAAAUAAACCAACAUUUAUACUGAAGAAAAAAAAAUUAAAGUGCAACUUUCCCUUUUGUCUGCCGAGAAGUCUUCUGUCAGUCUGCAAGUGAUUUGGCUUCGCAACCCUUCGAGCCUGAGUGCACACUCAUAGCUGCCUCCUGUGAGUUAAAUGUUCCUGCCUCAGCUGUGAUUCUAUGCAGCCGCCCAUUAAAGUAUUCUGUUGUCAGGUUAAGCACGCAGUGAUCAGCUAACGUUAGAUGCAAGCAGUAGAGAUAAGACCUGUUGCUGUUUUGCAAAUAAUAAUAAAUUUGAAUUUACCCAUUUGGUUUGUGUAGGAAAAUUCAUUGUGCUUGUGUGUGACUCUCAGUCACUUAAGUCGCCAGUGUGGGUGGCUAUUUCUCUUAGUCAUUGGGCAUGAAUUAUUUUUAGAAUGUUACGUAUGAUUUCACAGACUUUGUAAAUUUUGAGUCAGUACUAAAAGACUUUUUAAAGUCUUUUUAAAGCUGUGUGAAUGACUUAGCUUAGUAUUUUAUUCUUCAUAGAGUAAUGACAUGUUUUCAUGAAAGUUGUACAGAUUCAUGAGUUUACCUGCUGUUGAGCAAGAAGGGAAAAACGUGAUCGCAUUACAAGCAAAGGGAGAGUGGCAGUAUGCUGUCACCCAGUACACAGUGCAAACCACAGCUAGGUCUGUACAAAGCACUUCAGUUUCCUAAUUUGAUGAUGGGCUGCCCAGUGUUUUCUAAUACAAUUUUAUAUACAUGUAAUGAAAUCAAAGGUUCGUAAGAAGCCUCAUUUUACCACUAACACAAUGGUAUAAAUAGCUUCCGUGUGUGUGCAGGCACGGC